CUGGUUGUUGAUCCAAGGAGGGUUACUGGGAAAUUUUUAAGCGAUACAAGACGCCAUAUUGCUCUCAGCUGGACUCGGGAGUUUGCGUGAAGGAAAUAAUAAUACCUAGCUAUACCUAGGAGUUUCUGACAUUAUUUAUCUUAAAUGGAUGAGAUGGCAAGCCCAGGGAAUGACCGAAUGAAGAGUUACAAGAACAAAGCGCUGAACCCACAGGAGAUGCGCCGGAGGAGAGAGGAGGAGGGGAUCCAACUCCGCAAACAGAAGAGAGAAGAGCAGCUGUUCAAGAGGAGGAAUGUGUGUGUGCCCUCGGACGAUGAGUCCAUGUUGGAAUGCCCUGUCCAGGACCCUGACAUCAGCUCCACUGCACCAGUCUCAGGUGAAGGUGUCAUAACUCCAGACAUGAUCCAGAUGAUCUUCUCUGAGGAUCCAGACCAGCAGCUGAUUGCCACACAGAAAUUCAGGAAGUUACUCUCCAAAGAGCCCAACCCCCCCAUCGAUGAGGUCAUCCUCACCCCAGGGGUCGUCAAUAAGUUUGUGGAGUUCCUCAAGAGGAGUGAGAACUGCACUCUUCAGUUUGAGGCAGCCUGGGCCCUGACCAACAUUGCCUCUGGGACCUUCCUGCACACCAAGGUGGUUAUCGAGACGGGAGCCGUGCCCAUCUUCAUCGAGUUGCUCAACUCGGACUACGAGGACGUCCAGGAGCAGGCCGUGUGGGCCCUGGGGAACAUCGCUGGGGACAACGCAGAGUGCAGAGACUACGUUCUCAACUGUGGCAUCCUGCCCUCCUUACAACAGCUGCUGGCUAAAUCCAACCGUCUCACAACAACUAGGAAUGCUGUAUGGGCUCUGUCUAACCUGUGUAGAGGGAAGAACCCCCCUCCAGACUUCACCAAGGUGUCUCCCUGUCUGAGUGUGCUGUCCAGGCUGCUGUUCAGUAGUGACCCAGAUGUGUUGGCUGAUGCCUGCUGGGCUCUCUCUUACCUGUCUGACGGACCCAAUGACAAGAUACAGACCGUCAUCGACUCUGGGGUCUGCCGCAGACUGGUGGAGCUACUCAUGCACAGUGAUUAUAAGGUGGUCUCUCCUGCGCUGCGUGCUGUGGGAAACAUAGUGACAGGAGAUGACAUUCAGACUCAGGUGAUUCUGAACUGCUCGGCGUUGCCAUGCCUAUUACACCUGCUCAGCAGUCCCAAGGAGUCCAUCAAGAAGGAGGCCUGCUGGACUGUGUCUAACAUUACAGCUGGGAACAGAGCACAGAUCCAGACGGUGAUAGAUGCCAACAUCUUCCCAGUGCUGAUAGAGAUUCUUCAGAAGGCAGAGUUCCGUACCAGGAAGGAAGCAGCGUGGGCUAUAACCAACGCUACCUCUGGGGGCACUCCUGAGCAGAUCAGGUACCUGGUUAGUCUGAACACUAUCAAGCCCAUGUGUGACCUGCUGACAGUGAUGGACAGUAAGAUAGUGCAGGUGUCACUGAACGGCCUGGAGAACAUCCUGAGACUGGGAGAGCAGGAGGCCAAGCAGAACGGCACCGGCAUCAAUCCUUACUGUGCCCUCAUAGAGGAAGCCUAUGGUCUGGACAAGAUCGAGUUCUUGCAGAGCCAUGAGAAUCAGGAGAUCUACCAGAAGGCUUUUGACCUGAUCGAGCACUACUUUGGUGUGGAGGAGGAGGAUGCUAGCAUCGCCCCGCAGGUGGACCAGAACCAAGGCCAGUUUAUCUUCCAGCAACAGGACGGGCCCAUGGAGGGCUUCCAGCUCUAACCACACCUUGACCUUCACGCCACUGAGUAUCUACCCCCCCCCCUCCAGGGGAGUCCAGUCUCCAUAGGGCUGUUUAGACCUGAACUGAUGACACUACCCCAUCUCGCCUCUCUCACUGGACCCACCUGCUCUACCUCUCUCUCCAAAUCUUCCUCUCCUGCAAGGCUAGCCUUGCCCUGCCACAGCACCCUAUCUGGAAAUGGGCGAGAGAGGGAGCAUGAGAGAGAGAGAACCUGACUGACUGACUGAGGACAGCUCAUUCUUAGUGUUUGAGACUUCCUGGAGCUGUAUGCAGCGUGUGGGUUGUUUCUUUCUAUUGUAGACUAUACCGUCUGUGCAGUGGCCAGCCUCCUAACAUGGUAGGCAUAGGAAAGAAAGAGUUGGCUGAUAUUUUGUCUUACUCCCUAAAAUGUUUUUUUAUUUUAUAAUUUCCUGUGAUAUUAUUAUUAUUACGACACUGGUGUCUCAAUCACCCUCCAUAUCUCCUUUUUAAAUGUGAAACUACCUCUUCAGUCUUCAAAAAGAAAACAAAAGAUAUGAAGCAUUUUGACUGAGGAUUCUCUGGAUUUCACCAGAUAGUCCAAGUAAAACUCCUAUCCCAACUAGUGUCCUGAAGAGGUUUAGUGACUGUAUCAGCUCAUUUCCUAACUUCUUGUACCCUUUGACCAGAGCUGAGAGAACAGUUGGCUACAGACAGCCUACUGUUUUCGUUGGAGGAUGUACAUUGUGUCAAGAUGAUGUGUGUAUCCAGUGACAUUAUUAUUUAAGUUGGAAAGCAGGUGGACAUCUUUCUCUGGGGUCUCUCUUCAAUGAUAACAUUGACAAUGGUUGACCUGGAGAUUCCGAAUCUUAUUUAUUCUGUUGAAAUGUCUUUCAGUUCCUUGACCCUAGUUGCAAUAUUAACUUUAGCAUAACAGAACACCAGUUGCAUCAUACUGACCGCAGUAAUGUAGAUGCAUUGUGUAGGGAAACACUGCAUGUCACUUGCUGCAUUAGUCAGCAUAGCGUUCAGCCAGGCUUAUGCUUAUCUGUAACAACGUUACGGUAGGAUUGACACAACGUUAGGGUAACGUUGAGGAGUGUUCUGCUUGUGUGCGUGCUCCUUAUUGAAGCGCUGCCAGCCAGCCACAGUACAGUGCCAGACGGGUUAGGUUCAGUGACUAGUAUCUGUUGUGUGAUGCAGUGUCUGUCUGUAACAAUCUCCAGGUGAAUAAAAACACAGGCUCUCAGAGUUCUUUUGUAGUUGUGUUUUUUCCCGUCAUCUCACCAUGAUUUAUUAUGAUGUCAUGACUUAUUUGUUUUGCUGAAGUCUUUUUUUAAUUUAUCGGUGGUGGUUAACCUUACAUUGGACUUAACGCUAUUGGACGUUGAUAUAAAAUGCUCAGUUGAACUCGAGUGCUUUGUAUAUUAUAUAUACAUGUAAGAAAUUAUAUGGGGGAAAAAAUACCUACUAAUUGGAAGGGGUGAUUUAUUAAUUGCAGUAUAAUGUGUUUUCUGACUGAGAAAUGCAAUGUUGUACUUAUUGUUGAAUCUUUGCACACUUACCUGUUGCUGCUUUAUUCUGAUCUUUUGUUGGGUAUGUGUUUGUUUCCUGGUUCCCCUCACCUUUACAACUGCUUCUAGAACAUGUUUUGUUUUAAAACUGCUUCUAGAACAUGUUUUGUUAAGGACUCCUUACAUUUUUUUAAAACCUUUUUUUUUUAUAUAAAAAAUUAUAUGAACUCUUGAUUGGUGAAGGAAACCCAACCUGGCUAAACUGAACUGCUGAGCCUUUAUUAGUGUGUGACUACAAAUAUUUCAGCAUUCUACUUUUCUUUUAGUUUUAAACUCAUCACUCCUGAAUCCUGGCGCUUUACUUUUGGCGUGUUACAUUUUUGGAAAUUGAAAAUGCUGUAUACAUUGAGUACCAUAUUAAUUGAUCUUAGGCCUUGGAAAUUAUAUAUAUUUACGUGAGAUGGAAACAGUUUAGUGCUACAUUUUGUCAUGCACAUAAAAAAAAGUAUAGUUUUCUAAUAUUUCUUAUGUUUGUACGGUUGGAUGAUAUAUUAUUUUUAUGUUUUAGGUUGAUUUAUUUCUCCCCAUUUGGGAAUUGUUUUGGCUCUGAUACAGAGGCUAUAAGGACUGCUGUGGUAUUCUGUCCAGAAUUCUCUAGGUGGUUACCAUAUCAUGCCGCCAUUGUGGUUGUUUCCUUUAAUCCAAUGGACCACAGAGGGCUGUGUGUGAAGCUGGACUAAACAGCUCCUCUCUGUGUUACUCAUGGAGCUGUUGUCUGGCUCUCCUUUGAGGGGUUAAUAUGGAGUUCACUGUAAAAUAAUGAAUAAUAAAGAAAUACAAUGAUCUGUUA